CUUCCCGGACACUGCGAUUCGCCGUCGAAGAACCGCCGUCACGCGUGCGGCGACCCGCCUCUCUGGUUGAACUCGAAGAGCUCGUGCAAAAACCCGAACCGGAAUCGGGAACAGUCUCGCUCUGAUUCUUCCGCGACGGAGAACGAGGAGGGCGCCGAUGCUUCAGGCUCCGAUGACCGACGGGAGCGCGCAAGCAUCGUCGACGAGCGCGGACUCGGCUGCUGCGCAGAGCAACGGCAGUCCGACAGAGCUCAUGGAAGUCCGCGAAGUGGACGGUGGGGACGAAGACAAGGACCUGCGCGAGCUUUUGAUGCCCGACGUGCGCAGUCUCCCUCUCGUUCCUCCCUCCGCCGUCGAGUCCAACUUCGUCGCUUACUUCGCUCCAGAUUUUAUGAAGCCGGGGCAUGAUCAGUACGUCUACCGACAUCCCAAUGGUCUGUGCGUGGUAGGAUUGGCUAGGACUCAUGUGGCGUUUAGAGAUGAAGGGGGUGUGACCGGGGUCGACUUCAAUGUGGGCAAGUCCGAUCGCAGUGCCAUCAAGGUCACUGGGAAGCGAAAGAAGAAUGCCCAGCACUUUGAAUCCAACACGAUUCUGUGUAAAGUUUGCACCAAGAGUGAUUCUUAUGUAGUAAGUUGGCAUCCUGGUUUUGACAGGUGUUGUGUUAAAGGGUCUCUACUGGAGGUGAAUGAGAGACUAAUCAAGCAGCCUGACUUGCUCAAUUCAUUGGCAGACAGAGAAGGAUACAUUGCAAUCAUCAUGCCAAAACCAGCAGACUGGCUCAAGGUGAAGGCUACAUUGCUGAGGCUUGAAGAAUACAAAAGAUUGAAGGAACAAUGCUAAGUUAUCAAGAACGGGACAAGUUUCAUUGACAUGUUACUUGCCAAAAUGGGUGAACUGAAACUUUAAGGAUGGGGAUUAGAGAUGGAAGUGAGUCUCCACCUGCUGAAGCAUGUGAUUCUUGACAACCGGGGUUCCUCCUAGGUUAGACAUUGGAUGUGGUGGUAUGAUUGAUAUCUGUUGUUUCUCUUGCCAUGUUGAAGUGAUGGCGGGCAUUAAGUUUUCUUUGUACAUUUCCAUCAAAGCGGAAGUGGUUAAAGCAACUCAUUCUUCAGACUGGAAAGUCUGCAGAGUUGUUCCAAUUUGACUCUUAUUCCCCCAAUCCUAGGGAAGCCGGUGUUAUUCUUGAUUUUAAAGAAAAUGGGAAACAACCAAUUUUGGAA